AUGAACCACCAGGAGGCCUACCGUUACACUGCUGGCAAGGGAAACUUCGAGGCGGAAAAACGCACCCUUCUAGAGAAGGAAGACGCUUUGAGAAAAGGGACGGGUUCUUUUCUGAUGGCAGAUACGAUCCAACGGUUUAGAAGCAGCUCGGAGGGGAGACCACCGACAUCCGAUUUGUCGGCCAGGAGAGGUUCGCAGAGAAGACGAGCGGCGGCCAAAAGGGCGAUGGUGCCCAUCGAGUCAGACCCCUUUCAGUGCGGUGGGUACAACAGCGAAAAGCUCAAGCGGGAAGAGACGAGGCGCCAAGACUUGCUCGUUCACGCCAAGGGCAGGAACAACAUGUUUUGUAGGCGGAAAGGCUACGAGCCGGGCGAUUUUCUGAAGCACCGGUCGCCACCGGGCGGACAGGACUUCAACAGCGGCGCCGCGAGCUGCAGAAGAGGCAGCGUCGGUGGCGCCAUUGGUGCCAGGAAGGGCGGCGCCCGGUCUGCUGAGGCUGCCGCCAUGGCCGCCGAAUCGCGCCGAAAAGCACACCAACACUUGUAG